CAGGAUCCUGGACGGUGGCCCUGAAUCCUGAUUGCCUGUCUGCCGUAGAGACACACGAGGCCAAGGAUGAAUUUGAGAAAAGUAGCUGCUGGCUCCUUGAACUAUAGAAAAGCAGCGCCAUUAUGAGAGGAAAGCCAUGCCACCGAGUAGCCACUCCCACAUUAAACUGUUGAAGACCAACAGGGAACAUCUGGUCACCAACAUCCGGAACACUCAGUGUCUGCUGGACAACUUGCUGAAGAAUGGCUACUUCUCAGCGGAAGACGCAGAGAUUGUCUGCGCUUGUCCCACGCAGCCUGACAAGGUCCGGAAAACUCUUGACCUGGUGCAGAGCAAAGGUGAGGAAGUGUGUGAGUUCUUCCUCUAUGUGCUCCAGCAACUGGAGGACGCAUAUGUGGACCUCAGGCUGUGGCUAGCAGAGAUCAGCUUCUCCCCUUCAAAGCUCAUUCGGAGCAAGACUAUCAUCAACACUGACCCAGUAAGCAGGUAUACCCAGCAGCUGCGACACCAGCUGGGCCGAGACUCCAAAUUCAUGCUGUGCUACGCUCAGAAGGAGGACCUGCUGUUGGAGGAGACCUACAUGGACACCCUCAUGGAGCUCGUAGGCUUCAACAAUGAAAACCUGGGCAGCCUGGGAGGCCUGGACUGCCUGCUGGAUCAUAGCACUGGCAUCCUCAACGAGCAUGGCGAGACGAUCUUCGUGUUUGGGGACGCAGGAGUGGGCAAGUCCAUGCUGCUGCAGCGGUUGCAGAGCCUCUGGGCGUCGGGGAGGCUGGCGUCGGCAGCCAAGUUCUUCUUCCACUUUCGCUGCCGCAUGUUCAGCUGCUUCAAAGAGAACGACACGCUGCGGCUGCAGGACCUGCUCUUCAAGCACUUCUGCUACCCAGAGCAGGACCCCGAGGAGGUGUUCUCUUUCCUGCUGCGCUUUCCCCACACAGCCCUCUUCACUUUCGACGGCCUGGAUGAGCUGCACUCGGAAUUCGACCUGAGCCGCGUGCCUGACAACUGCUGCCCCUGGGAGCCGGCGCACCCUCUGGUCCUGCUGGCCAACCUCCUAAGCGGGAGGCUGCUUAAGGGUGCCGGCAAGCUGCUCACUGCUCGCACAGGCGUGGAGGUCCCCCGGCACCUCCUGCGUAAAAAGGUGCUGCUCCGGGGCUUCUCCCCGGGCCAUCUGCGAGCUUAUGCUCGCAGGAUGUUCCCUGAGCGCACAGCGCAGGAGCACCUGCUGCAGCAGCUGGAUGCCAACCCCAACCUCUGUAGCCUGUGUGCCGUGCCACUCUUUUGCUGGAUCAUCUUCCGCUGUUUUCAGCACUUCCACACUGCCUUCGAAGGAACCUCGCAGCUGCCGGACUGCGCCGUGACCCUAACCGAUGUCUUCCUGCUGGUCACUGAGGUGCAUCUGAACAGGACGCAGCCCAGCAGCCUGGUGCAGCGCAACACACGCAGCCCUGCUGAGACCCUCAGUGCGGGCUGGCGCACGCUGCAUGCGCUGGGCGAGGUGGCGCACAGAGGCACUGACAGAAGCCUCUUUGUGUUUGGCCAGGAGGAAGUUCAGGCGUCAAGCCUGCAGGAAGGAGAUCUGCAACUGGGCUUUCUACGGCCUUUGCCUGAUGUGGGCCCUGAGCCGGGCCAACAGUCCUAUGAAUUUUUCCACCUCACACUCCAGGCCUUCUUCACUGCUUUCUUUUUGGUGGUGGAUGACAAAGUGAGCACUCGGGAAUUGCUGAGGUUCUUUCGAGAGUGGACAUCUCCCGGGGAGGCAACAGGCACAUCCUGCUAUCCUUCCUUCUUCUCCUUCCAGUGCCUGGGUGGCGGUGGCCGGUUGGGCCCUGAUCCUUUCAGGAACAAAGAUCACUUCCAGUUCACCAACCUCUUUCUUUGUGGGCUGCUGGCCAAAGCCCGACAGAAACUCCUUCGGCAGCUGGUGCCCAAGGCUACGCUAAAGAGGAAACGCAAGGCCCUGUGGGCUCACCUGUUUGCCAGCCUGCGUUCCUACCUGAAGAGCCUACCCCGGGUCCAGUCUGGAGGCUUUAACCAGGUGCAAGCCAUGCCCACAUUCCUGUGGAUGUUGCGCUGCAUUUAUGAGACACAGAGCCAGAAGGUGGGGCGCCUCGCUGCGAGGGGCAUCAGCGCCGACUACCUCAAGCUGACCUUCUGCAACGCUUGCUCUGCCGACUGCAGCGCCCUGUCCUUCGUUCUGCAUCACUUCCACAGGCAGCUGGCCCUGGACUUGGACAACAACAACCUCAAUGACUACGGAGUGCAGGAGCUUCAGCCUUGCUUUAGCCGUCUCACGGUUCUCAGACUCAGCGUCAACCAGAUCACUGACACAGGGGUGAAGGUGCUGUGUGAGGAACUGACCAAGUACAAAAUCGUGACAUUCCUGGGUUUAUACAACAACCAGAUCACUGAUGUCGGAGCCAGAUAUGUGGCCCAAAUCCUGGAUGAGUGCAGAGGCCUCACGCACCUUAAGCUGGGGAAGAACAGAAUAACCAGUGAGGGUGGCAAGUGCGUGGCUCAGGCUGUGAAGAACAGCACCUCCAUCAUUGACGUUGGGAUGUGGGGCAAUCAGAUUGGCGAUGAAGGGGCAAAGGCCUUUGCAGAGGCAAUAAGGGACCACCCCAGCCUGUCCGUCCUCAGUCUUGCAUUCAACGGCAUAUCCCCAGAGGGAGGGAAGAGCCUUGCACAGGCCCUGAAGCAGAAUACCGCUUUGACAAUAUUCUGGCUUACCAAAAAUGAGCUUAAUGACGAGGCGGCAGAGUGCUUUGCCGAGAUGCUGAGAGUCAACCAGACACUGAAGCAUUUAUGGCUUAUCCAGAAUCAUAUCACAGCCAAGGGGACAGCCCAGCUGGCCAGCGCGCUGCAGAAGAACACCACCAUAACAGAGAUUUGUCUCAAUGGAAACUUAAUUAAGCCUGAGGAGGCCAAACUCUUUGAAAACGAGAAGCGGAUCAUCUGUUUCUGAGGAACAUUCCCGCGCUGGAUCUUUGUCCUAGGUUGCUCCUCAGUCACAGACAGCAGGGACACGGAAUGCUGUAC